AUGCCUUCAUUUGCGGAGCGCCCGCGCUCGUCGCAAGAAGCCCUCCUACGGCUCGAAAAAGGCACCGCUUCUCCCACAACACAGAUCAACAAUGCAGCCCAGAUUCUAGGGAUUGAUCUGGCACUGUGUGCAACACAUCCGGAAAUCAACCGAACCGGCCAGAUUUCGAUCAAUGCGGCUCCGAAAGAAGAAUGGGUUCUGCGGUGGUUGUUGAAGAAAUUGCGGGCAGGGAAGAGCCAUCGUGUCGAACCGGCCUCGUUCCUCCUCUUGCGACAGCUCAUCGAUCUCAUCCCCGUCAAGACAUUGGCGACCAUACUCAAAGACCAGAAGUUCCUUGCGACGUUGAGCGAUGUGAUUGCCGAUCUGGAGGAGGAUGUGUUUGCGAGUCUGGAGAAUGGAACGGUUGACUUCCUGCGCUCUGGUUCAGAAUCAAGCCACACUUUGAGCGAUUCGUCGCAUCAGGAUGACAAGUGCGACAAGAAGGGAACAAAGAGGAAGCGGGCAGGCGACGAUGACCAGGAUGCGAUGGAUAUUGACGACCAGCCGCAGACGCCGACUUCUUGCUUCCUCGCUUUUAUCCGGGUCUUAGACUGCUUAUACAGCCUGGUCACGUUGGCGAGUCGGACGGUGGGUGUUGAUGAGGUGGCUAGCUCGCACUUGAAGUUUGCACUGCGAGGCGAGCCGGAGUCGAUCGCUAAAUUGCUGGGCAAAUCGUUCAAGUUGGCCGCCGUUGCUACUACGCAGCUCUCACACGCACAAAAGACGACCGAUUUGCAGCAUCUUCUCUACAUCAUUCCUGCCGUCCUAGACCUCUGGGAACUGAGAUCCUCUCGUCGGGACGAUUCAGACGCCGGCUCAAGCCAUGAAUGUUUCGCCAAAUACUGCUUCCAGCAGGCUCUUCGACUCCAACUCUGCGUGCGAUCCGUUCGCCUCGAUACUGAUGAGAAAGCCCAAGUAUUGCACGGGGUCGAGCGUCUGAUUGCUCUGCAUGUGGUUCUCCCUGCUCGCGCAGCGUUCUUUGACCGAGGCGGCUCUGGCAUAGAUUAUUCUAGCGACCAGCCCGACUGGAGCCCUGUCAAGCCGGUUUCCGAGACUUUUAAACCUAUCCUUUGUGCAACCGAGAGUACCAAACCCGGCACCAAUGAGAAGAAGCUGUGGAAGACCGCUAAUCUUCUGCCGGAAUUCCUCGAUAUCGCUGCUCGCUCUGUGCCUAGAGACACCUUCCGCCGGCAAACGCACGAAGCUCCCUGGUUGGAGACUUUAUUUGUUGCUGUUGCGGAAUUGGCAUUUUCGAUUGUCAAGCAAGAGGGCUUAUCCGAUCAUGUCGCAGAAUUCGUUGUUAUUCUGGAGCAGCUCUUCCGUGUGGUUCUCAACCGACGUGUACAGCUAUCUCUGCAUACUCUACUUACUCAUGCAGCCUAUACGGGCCUACUCAAGGAUGACCUGUCACGAGUCGAAUGGAGCUUGACUGCCUUGUUGAUUGAACUUGGAGCGGAUAUUUUCCUGCCCAAUUCCGGUCUCAAGGAUUCGAGCAAGCUUUUGCAGGCCCUUCUUGGAAAGAUCCUUCUACAAUGGAAAGCUGGCGCGCCACGUUCGGAUGCCAACUAUCAUGUCAUCAAGAACGAUAUUGUAAUACCUCUGUUGCGAGCAUUCCUGGCUGCGAGGGACCUUCCGUCGUUCAUGCAAUUAUGGUAUGAGCAGUUGACUGAGGUCGAAGAAGCACGCAUUGCAGACACUAGUUUGAGCCUCUUUACCGUUUGGGAGGACGACGAUUUAUGCAAUAUUUACAGCGAACUCGUGCGAAGCCCCCUCACUAAUGCUACUGCUGCCGCACAGAUGCGAGCAGCGGCGACAGAAAUAAGGAAUGAGGAUGGCAAGGUAUCCACUGCACCGAAUUCCUUUGCACAAUUCGUGAUUCUGGAAGCGGGCUUGAGGAACCGUUCCCUCACUGGCGCGGAUGUGAUGGAGGAUGUGAAAUCUGUUCUCUUUACUCUGGCGAAGACACUACCCUCGAAACAACCUUUCCAUUGGCGGUGGCGCCUCUGGCGACUUGCACGCAGUCUACUCGAGAAUAACGUGCAAUUAGCCGAUGAUCCUCUUACAGUCUCUGUCCUCAACCUGACUGAUGCCGCUAAAAAGUCGAUCCAUCGUCAUCAGAAGAAUCAGAUGAAGAACCAGUGCGCUGCCUUGGAAGCAUUCCAAGCUUAUUGGUUUGCCGUAGCUGCGAUCAAGGAUUCAUCGAACACAGACGCAUUGGAGAAGUUUGGCUCUCUUACGGGCGAGAUCAAAGACUAUAUCCAAACAAUAAGCAAGCAAGAUGCGCUGCAAGCAAUGAAAUCGCCCUGGGAUGGCCGGGUCGAGACGCUUGAUUCCUCGGUGUCUCUCGCCUUGGGUUAUUUCUUGACCCUUAUCAAGAACCCCGGCACCUGGGCUUGCACCAAAGUCGAUGACAAGCGUGCCCUUUUCGAACACAUCCUAUCUCUAGCUACAUCACAAUUCCGCUCUUCCUCCUCUGGUAUCGAGUCAGCUUCAUCUGAGGCGAGGUUUCUUCAGGCUUGGGCCUCUAUUGUCUGCCACGAAUACCUUCUUAAUUCGCCGAGGAUCGCCGUCGACCUCAUUCAUGUACUCUCUGAGCGCGUAAAGGAGGACAAGAAAUACCGCAAGCUGUAUGUCGAAAGCAUUCAGAGAAUUCCCGCGCCCUUGAUUCCUCGGCGCCAGAGAGGUAUUCUCUUGGACCUGCUGCAGAACAUCCUCGGCCAGGAGGAUAACUCGGCUGAGGUUGACCUUGGGAUCCUGUCCUUGAUGGCUAAGCUAGCCGAUAUGCCAAAAUCGACAGCAACCAUCACAAGUGAUUGGGAGCCCGUAUGGAAUGCUGCCAGAGCUGUCACACUGCAGGGAACAGAGCUUGAUCUUCAAACCAUGAAAGCUUUCAGAAACCUACAUCGAGCAGUCCUCUCAAAGCUGCUUGUGCUCUCAGUGGAAGAUUACAGCAAACUCUUCAAGAAGAUGUAUCGCAAGGUUUCGGCGAAAGCUUUGAAGUUGAAGUCUCUCGACCGCAACUCAAUGCAAUGUUUUUACUUGAGAAUAUCGUUAUCUCAGCUCUGGCUUCAUCGGAAGCAGCUUUCUGGGGCAUUCGAUGAGAAGGAGCUUGAUGCCUGCCGCCAGAAGGUGUUUGACCUGGUGGUUGCAGAAGUUCGCUCCGUUAAGGAUCAGUGGAAGAAGCAAAAGGUGGAGGAAACGAUUACCUUGAUUAAGCUCCUAGAUGCAUUGGAGGAUUUCGAGGAUCUCGCAUUGGAUAAUUCCGAAGUUGAUAAGUUCUUAUCGAAGAUUGAGAGUUACGUUGAGAAGUCUAUUGACUCGGGAUCCUCGCUGAGAAGGCUGAUUAGACGCCGCGUUUUUACUAGCCGUGGCUCUGAGAAAAGCAUCACAUUGCCUGUUAUUCAGUGCGCAGAGACCCUUCCUCUUCAGCACAUGCAUGGAGAGGAGCAGCAACUGUUCGUCCGCACGACCACCGAGAAGUUCAAGUCCCUGAGCGUGGAGGAAUUGACCCGGGUGGUACGGGAAUUACGGGAGCUCGGGUUCAUUGGUGAGAAAACCGCCUAUCGUCUGCUUGUGGCUGGCGUUGCAAUCGCCUCGCUCCCCUUAAUUGAAGAUAAGGAGAGUCCCGCAGCAAAGGAAUUAUCGUUCCUAUGCACAGCUAUUACCGAAUCUGUCCCUCACAGUACGUCCAUUGAGCAGUUCACUUUUGCCACAGAGUGCUUGGACAUUUUACUUCGCAACCAUACCCGCUGUAUCGCCCAGUGGAAUAUCGACAGCCUUUUGGCAUGUAUCGCAGUGUGCGCUUCCAAGGCUGGGCCCCAUAUUGAUCCUGAAUUUGCUGCUACCAUCUAUACGCGGCUCUGUAAGCUUAUGGGCGUGCUUCUGGGUCUUCACCGUCAGAAACUUGGCGGACGUUUCCAUCUUAUCCUUCCAGCCAUGCAGCGACUUCUCAACUGCCUCUUCGCCCGGUCCAAGAAGCGAAGUCGGUCCAUGCUCUCUGGACAGGGCCACAAUCAGCAGCCCUAUUGGGUUGCGCCACUAGAAGCAUCGCACGCCGUCCACUUCACACGUCUGCUCACUUCCCUUUGCGAUCCCACUGUCUCCUCCGUGUCGCGACCCACACAAUCAGGAGGCAGCCGUGAGGGUCUGACUGACCAGACCAAGAAAGCCAAGCGCAUUGCAGGCCAGUACCUGCAGUACCUGAUCAUGGAAUACGCCCAAAGUUCACUCCGCGGCUCUUUGGCGCCGGAGGUCAAGGCGGCCAUCCUUCCUGGUCUUUACACCGUUCUAGAUGUCAUGUCGCGAGACACCAUGCGGGCCAUGAAUGCAGGCCUGGAUAUGUCGGGACGGGCGAUCUUUAAGGGACUCUAUGAUGACUAUGUGAAGUUUGGCAAAUGGAACAAGGGUUGA